CUUGAAGCUGGCGUGGAAGCUGGCUUACGCAUUUUAUCCAAGGUUGAAGCUCCCCUGAAGGAGCUGCAUGACAAUCAGGAUGCUCAGAACUGGCUUGCUCAAAUUGCCAAGGUACGCGAAGGCGCUAAGCGAGCACGAACUGUCGUAGGCGUUGUCGGCAAUACUGGUGCAGGCAAGUCAAGUGUCAUCAACGCUAUGCUGGACGAAGAGAGAUUGGUUCCCACGAACUGCAUGCGUGCUUGCACAGCGGUUGUCACAGAGCUUUCGUUCAACUACAGCAACAAUCCUGCCGCCAAGUAUAGAGCAGAGAUCGAGUUCAUCCAGCCGGAGGACUGGCAAAAGGAACUUGAAAUCCUCUUCCAAGAGAUUUUCGACGAGGGUGGGGGCUUCAGCAAGGAAAUCUCCAAUCCAGACAGCGACGCCGCAAUCGCGUAUGCGAAGGUGAGAGCUGUCUACAACACCUACACUCGCGAGAUGCUCGCCAACACUAGCAUUGAAUCUUUGAUGGGCAACAAGAGAGUCAGUAACCUGCUUGGCACAUCAAAGAAGAUCGCCGCUCGCGAACCUGGCUCCUUCUACAAACAACUCCAACAGUGGGUCGACAGUAAAGAGAAAGGCUCGGAGAAGCUGGACAAGAACGGCAACCAGAUUGCCAGGAAAGUCCGCGACUUCGAGGCAUGGCCACUGAUCAAAGUGGUAAAGAUUUUCUGCAAGUCGCCAGCUCUGUCGACCGGAGCCUGCAUCGUUGAUCUACCAGGUGUUCACGAUAGUAAUGCCGCGCGUGCCGCUGUCGCCGAGAGUUACAUGAAGUGUUGUACUGGUCUAUGGAUUGUUGCUCCAAUUACCCGAGCGGUUGACGAUAAGGCGGCGAAGCAUUUGUUGGGCGAAUCUUUCAAGCGACAACUCAAGUAUGACGGAACGUACAGUGCUGUCACCUUCAUUUGCAGCAAAACCGAUGACAUUUCUCGCAUGGAGGCCGGUGAUAGCCUUGGCUUGAACGAUCAGCUGGCAGAGCUGGAUGAGAAGGCGAACGAGCUGGAGAAGAAGCGCGGCGAGCUCAAGAAGAAGAAAGAUGCUGCCAAAGGAAAGCAGAAGGAUCUUGACGCCAGCAUUGAGCAGAUCGAAGAUGACAUCGACGUGUGGGAGAAGUUGUCCGACGAUCUUGAAAGCGGCAAAACAGUAUAUGCGCCCUCCCAAUCCGCGAAGAAGAGGAAAGCGUCCCGAUCAUCCCAACCAGUGAGCAAGCGCCGACGCCGCGCGAUGGACUCUGAUGAUGAAGAUGAAGACAUGGACUAUGAGGAUUCUGCCUCAGAGCGAGAACUUGAACAGGAGCGGGGAGGUGGAACACCUGAACCACCUGGAGAGGCGCUUACCGUAGCUAACGUCGAAGCGAAGCUUGAAGAGCUGCGCCAGCUCAAGAAAGAGGCACGUCGCGAGAAGCGAUCACUUGGCGAUUCCCUCGAGGAAAUACAGAACCUCGUCGACAGUGUGAACGUUGACCUGGCCGACGUCAAUGCAAAAAAAGACGCUAUUUGCAUCGCUGGUCGCAAUGACUACUCUCGGGGGGCCAUACAGCAGGACUUUGCGGCAGGCGUUCGCGAGCUGGAUAUGGAGACAGCGGAGGAGGAAGAUCCAGACAAUUUCGACCCAGAAAUCGACAUAAGAGACUAUGAAAAAGUUGCGGAGAGCCUGCCAGUCUACUGUGUCAGCAGCAGGGCGUAUCAGAAGCUGUCAGGCAGAUUGAAGCGAGACAAUGAUGUCCCUGGAUUCACCGACAUCAAGGAGACGGAGAUUCCUGCUCUCCAAGCCCAUUGCAAGAAGCUUACUGAAGCCGGCCGGCAGGCAACCUGUUCCAGGUUUCUCAAUAGUGUCAAGCAAUUGCUCACCUCGCUUCAGAUCUGGGCAGGAGAUGACGGCACUGGGACAAAGUUGAGUGCGGCCCAGAGAGAUUCCGAAAAGGCAUGGCUCGCACGUAAACUGAAAGAGCUGGAAAAGGCGCUCGAAAAGACGGUCAAGGUAACACUUGAUGAUGCCAUUGAAACUCUGAACGAGCAGCUAUUCGAUAAAUUUGGGCCCGCAAUCCAAGCUGCCACCGACGAGGCCCUGCCAAAAGCGAGAUCGUGGGGCAAUCGUAACGGUGCUCGUGACUUCAACGGGGAGCUUACCGAGCCAAUCUACAAGAUGCUGGCCAGCGCUUGGGAGCGGUGCUUUCAGCGACGGCUUCCGACAAUCCUGCGAUCUCUUCGCAAGUCAGCUUCGACUGUCCUGCAUCAGUUCCAUGCCGAAGCUGAGCGCCGUGCGACAGAGAGAGGCCUCGGAUUGCCUCGCAUCCGGAUGCUUGCGGGACAGUUGGAAGCAUACACUGCUAUAUUCCAAGACCUGUGUGAGACAGCUGUAACACUGCUCAACAAUGGACAAAAGGACAUCAAUCGCGAGUUCACGCCGAUCAUCACGGCCGCAAUGGAGCCGGCCUACACAGUUUGUUCUGAGGAGAGAGGCGCAGGCUCGUUCGCGCGCAUGAAAAACCACAUGACGUCUCAUGUUCAGGGUUGCCAGGACGACAUGUUCAGGACUGCGUCGGAGGAAGUGCGAGCUAGUUUGGAGCGGCUGUGCAAGACGAUUCGCAAGGAUCUGCUUGAAAAAUCGGAUCAGGUCUUCGUCAGUAUGAGCAGGGACUACAUG